ACACACACACACACGCUUCUAUUAUGUGCCCACCCAGAGACGCACCGCUGCUGCAAAGCUGCUGCCCGACAGGAGGUCAAACAGCUGGAUGCUGCCUCCCGGAGAGGCUGCAGCUCCUGAGGAGGACAGCGACCGGCGCCAAGCCCAGAGAGGAGGCUGACCGUCCGCUGGGGAACGCACGCCGAUCCGGAGCUGCCAGGUUUCUUCUGGUUGGUGGAGACCAACCCUGAAGUCACAACCAUGGCUCAACCUGUCAAAGCGAUUCCCACUCUCUUCCCAGGGGCAAUCGUUGCUCCUUUAUUUCUCAUUUAGAGAGUAUGCAAAGAAGGAAUGUCCAGGUGAAUCUUAAAAGGACUCUUUGGAUCUUUGACUCUACAGCUCAUGGGGGUUUCUCAAAGGCGCAGAAGCUCCAUACAACAUCCUUCCCAAGGUUCUUAUUUCUUUGCAGGAACUUUGCUGUUACUUUGUUUUGUUGCAGCGAAGGGUUGCCCAAAGAUCUGCCACUGCUCAGACAGAAGUGGCAUGGUGGUACAGUGCACCUCGCGCAAUCUGGAGAACAUCCCGGCCAACCUGCCAAGGGACACCGUUGUUCUCUUGCUGUCGUCAAACCGGAUCAGGCACAUCCCGAAGGAGGCCUUCGCAGACCUGCAGCGCCUCAGGGAGCUGGAUUUAUCACACAACUUGCUCGAAAGUGUGGACGACGACUCCUUCCUGGGAGUUUUGGACAGCCUGCGGACCUUGGAUCUUUCCAAUAACCAGCUCAGCGGCCUCCCAAGGGGAACCUUCGCCAAGUUGCACGCCCGGAUCCGCCUCUCCAACAACCCCUGGCACUGCGAGUGCUCCCUCCAGGAGGUUUUGAGGGAACUGAGGCUGGAUCCGGAGACGGUCAAUGAGGUCAGCUGCCACACAUCUGUCCAGGAGGAGUAUGUGGGACAGCCCAUGAUCCAGGUCUUGGACUCGGGCAUCAACUUUUGCAAUUUCCACCACAAAACAACGGAUGUGGCUAUGUUCGUAGCAAUGUUCUGCUGGUUCUUCAUGGUAACGGCUUACAUUGUGUAUUAUAUCAAACACAACCAGGAGGAUGCCAGGAGGCACAUGGAGUACCUAAAGUCCUUGCCCAGUACGUCCCAUAUAAGCAAGGACUACGACACAGCCAGCAGUGUGUUUUAGAGUCGGAAUAAAUCAUAGGGAGCGCACAUAAAAAUGCAUUUCUGUCGAGUUAUGUAUU